AUGGUUAAAGAAGUCGAUACUUAUGAGGGUAUGGCAAAGGCUGUACAGGAUUCUUCUAUUGUAUGCAUUCUUUUCUCGAAAUCAUACCAAAAUGGUGAUAAUCCUAAAGCGGAAUGUGAAUAUGCUCGACUUAGAAAGAAACAUCUUAUAUUUCUGCGUGUUGAACGUGAUUUUCGUCCUACUGGUUGGUUAGGUUUAAUAUUAGGUUCAAGGAAAUAUAUUGAUUUUUCAGGGAAAUAUCCUUUUGAAAAGGUUUUCAAUGAGUUAUGCACAACUAUUGAACAGCUUGCUGGUUUACCAAUCCCGGUAGAGCCUAAAAGGGAAAAAGGAUGUUAUAACUACUUUAUGUAG